AUGACUGGAGACGGGACCAUGCAUACUUCUUCGUUAAUUCAUGCCGUUUCCAUCGCCAGCGUCGCAUUGCUGCUGGUAACUCGGUCGCUAGCUGUCGGCGAUCAUCUAGUCGGCGGGAGGUUGCAAGCAGACGAAGGGCUCAAGCGCGGUCACGAGCUCUACAAGCAAUGGGAGGUGGCGUACGGGCUGCAAAAAGAGUCUCUUCUGCCCCCGGAAAAGAUUCCCCUGCCCGCUGACGUGGCAGCAGCUCCGCAUUUGGAGGCGUGCAGCGAGGUGUCAAAACACAGAGUGGCGGCGGAGCAGCGAGGGCCCAAUGGGGAGUCGCCCGAGUGGGCUCGACCUAAAGACUGCUGCGGCUGCAACCCACAGCCGCCAUGGAUUCGUGGGUCAGACGCAGCCAAUCUGGGCAUGACACGUGUGGCACAGAGGGACAUCUGGGAGCAUCAGUUCCCGCCCAAUCGGUGUGAGGGGCGGCGCCUGCUCAUUGCUCACUGGGCCUACAUCGCCCAUGGGAUCGGGUCGCAGUUGCACAUAAUAACGGCCAUUCUCAGCCUAGCCAUGCGCCACAACCGUACGCUGGUUCUCCAGUAUCCGUCGUUUGACCGCGCCAAGCACGACGAGUGCAAUGCCACAGGAGGAUGGGGCACGUUCAACUGCUACUUCUUCCCUCUCACCUCCCCUGACUGUGAGGAGAUCGCCCUCAACUCCAACAGCACGGGGUCGCUGCCCCCCUGCUGCACGCCCGACACCAAAGAGGAGGUUCUUGCGUCAGAUCAUCCAAUCGUGUGCUUCCAUGGGGAGCCUUUUAAUGGGCUUCAGUUCGAAGCUAGUAUUGCCAGCACGCCCCCCUGCUGCACGCCCGACACCAAGGAGGAGGUGCUAGCAUCGCACCACCCCAUCGUGUCCUUCCAUGGGGAGCCCUUCAAUGGGCUUCAAUUCAAAGCCAGCAUUGCCGGCCAGUGGGGCACGGCUUACCUGGAGCGACCCAACAUGAUAGAGCUGCAGGGGCAGGUGGAGAGGGACAAUCCCUUGCACAUGAAGGUCCACUGGUGGCGCAGCCAGGCGCUGCGCUUCAUGCUGCGCUGGCCCUCGCUGUACCUCUGCCAUCUCACCAACCGCAUCCGCCACGGUGCCUACGGGUUGCGCGUGGCCACCCACACCGUACAAGCCCGCGAUCGCAGCGCCGCCCUCCUCCGCCUCUACAAUGACCACCUCGCUGCUGCCUCCUCCUCUUCCCUCGCUGCUGCCUCCUCCUCUUCUCUCUCCGCCUCUGGGACUGAUGUGCUAUCCUCAACGCCUCUCCGCCCCUUGAGUGUCAACCUCACCGAACCGUCUUUCCUUUCCUUUGCCGACCCAUCCAUGCAACUCCGGGCCUGGCCCGGGCUCGGCGUCGCCAGCUGCUCAGGCUCGGCGAGCUCUCCCGGGCCUGCGCCCAGCUUCCGAGCCUAUCUGACGAGGCUGUAUGAGGGGGUGGGACGGGAGGUGUACAUGCCUCGGCCGAUGGUGAGCCUGCACAUCAGGCAGGGGGACAAGGGGAGUGAGAUGAAGCUGAGCUCUUUCAACUCCUUCAUGUUCUAUAUGCACCGCCUCAGACUCCACGUUCCUGACAUCCGAUUCGUGUGGAUCAGCACUGAAAUGCAGUCUGUGAUUGACCAAUCAGCGCAGUUCAAGGACUGGACCUUCUUCUACUCACAGAACGAGAGGCAGCUGGGCGACAUGCGGCUGAUAGACUACGAGAAGAAGGCCGGCCGGGCACAGCUCGUGGGGGUCAGCUUUGCCAACCUGAUUAUCUCGUCCGAGUGUGAUUAUUAUGUGGGCGUUCUUGGUUCCAACUGGAACCGGCUGAUCAAUGAGAUGCGGGCCACGAGUGGCAGGGUGUUUGCUGGGUAUGUUGCGAUCAACAAUGGUGAAUUCUAG